CUCCACUCAAACUGUUUGUGAGGCUCCUCGACUACAGAAACAGUUCGCAGUAAGAGGUUUACCUGUUCUUAAACUAACCAGAGAAGCUGCCGCCUUAAUGGUGGACUAUAGACACAUCUCCGUGAUUAUUCAUUGUGGAAAUAUAGCUAUUCCUUUACAAGACCUCCAAGACUAGCGUUUUGAUGUCACAUUCCCAAAGCAACUGAACCCCGUCAGAGAAACAGCAGACAUAAAGAUAGCCAAAGGAUUCUUCAUCUUCAGAGAGGACAAAGAAUAAGGAAGAAGGGAGGUUUUGAAGCUGGAACACCCACCACCCUUAUUGAAUAAUGGUGACUUUUUGAGAGUGCGUUGAUCUCAGCUCAAGGCCUACAUGCCACUGUGAUCACUAAGAAGCGGACAAAGGAAAAAAAUCAUUUACAAAAAUCAUUUUAAAAGGAGGUGCAAAUCUCAUCACUGAGAGACGAUCCCCUCACAAACUGAAUUCUGGGAAACAGAAUGCCAGCGAAGACGCCCAUGUACUUAAAGACUACCACACCCAAACGAGGGAAGAAGCUCAAGCUGCGAGACGUCCUGUCCAGUGACAUGAUUAGCCCCCCGCUAGGGGACAUGCGCCACAGUGCCCAUGUCGGGCUGGAGGGAGAGGGCGACAUGUUCGGAGACGUAGGCUUUUUACAGGGCAAGAUGGACAUGUUGCCCGCCCUGAACGGCUUACCACGGUCCCACAGUAUGGAGAGGCAGCUGGAUGAAGUCUAUCCCAUGAACGACAAAGGACUCAACCACUCUUGUAACAACCACCGCAAUCCCUACCACCAUUCCACCAGCCUGCUGAAGAGCACCAUCUCCAUGCCUGUGUUCAUCGCCCCCGAACAGGCCCCUCCCAAGCCACCUCGGCUCCACCUGGAGGACUUGACCCCCCCGUCCCAGCAGCAACAGCAACAGCAGCAGCAGCACCAACCUCAGCCGAACAACCAUAACCACAACGACCACAACCAGCAGCGGCAUCAAUCGUUGUCUGUGUGUGACCAGGGUGUCGGCUGCUACAUGGACCCCUGCCACGACCUUAAUUACUCUGCCUCCUUCAGGCACCUGGUGCCCUCCUCCGGCUCCUUCUCAGAGGUCUCCUCAGAGGACUCCAUGUCAGAGAGCUGUGGCCCCCUGGAACCUCAGAGGGGGCUGAGCCUGGAUUCAGACGCUGGCCUGAGCAAUGAGGACCUGAGGAGCGAGCGGAGUGAGUCGCCCACUGUGUGCCCUAGAUUCUCUCCCUGUGUCUCCCGCUCAGAGUCCCUGAUGGGCUUGGAUCUGGACCUGGGGCCAUCCAUCCUGGAGGAUGUGCUGAGGAUCAUGGACCGCUACAAGAGUGUUGAUGACCACUGUGAUUUGUGAGCAGAUGGGGGGAAAGGGGUUUAGACACUGCUGUGCAGAGAGGUGUCUGGUACACUUUUUUUUUACCAUCCUCCAUAUAGCCUAAUGAUGAUUGGGCUGGUCCAGCAGACAGGCAGACAGGCAGACAGGCAGACAGGCAGACAGACAGACAGACAGACAGACAGACAGACAGACAGACAGACAGACAGACAGACAGACAGACAGACAGACAGACAGACAGACAGACAGACAGACAGACAGACAGACAGACAGACAGAGGAUAGUGCCAGGACUGACAGGCUAAAAAGCCUGGGACUUAAGACGGCUGUAAAUGUGGGACUAUAUAAUAUCCAGACUGAAUACACAGCAGCUUCAGAACCAACCAUUUGUCUUUUGAUAUUCAGAAUCACAAUGGGGGAGAGACAAUCAUUUCUCCCACCCAAAUUUUUCGCAGACUAUCAUUUUACAUGUUUUUCAGCAUAAUUUAUACUUCACUAACUCUCUAAGUAAGCUCUGUAGUUUUGUGAUAGGAUAAAACGUAGUUGUCUGAAAAUACAAUUAAUGUACUUAAAAAGACUUCAAGGUUUGUGUUUUUUUCCCCUGAAAUAUCAUAUUGCUGAUAUUCUUCCAGGAACACAUUUUUUAAAAUUCUGUAUGUACAUCUGAUUGAAUUUUACUGUUCUAUGUCAGAACAAUACGAUCAAGACUGGAGUAUGCUAUGUAUUAGUUUGCCAUCUAGUGGCAUAUGUAAGAAUGACACCCAACAUGCAGCAGUUCGAGCAGGGCAAAAAGUGAGGUCAAAAUGUUGUUUUCUGGGGGCUAAAGUGCAUUAGAAUCAAAGUAUCAGAAAUGUGCAGCUUCUUCAAAAUCCUUUAAAUAGAGUGGGAUGACCAGAGAAGGUUUCUCUUUUGUAACAGCUGUGCAAUUUGUGGACUUGAAUCGAAUCCUUCAGCAUGUUCUUCUAUUGCGUUGUUAAAUUACAGUGUAUCUCCAAUUGUUAUGUAUAUAACUGUAAUGUAUGAAAUAAAUAUGGGAAUUAGAUGCU